AAGAUCCUAAUGGAAGCCGAGUCACCUGAACAGAUAAAGCCUUCGUGCACUAACAACGUUGCAAAUGAUAUACCAUCGAAGCCUAAAUGUGUCGAUGAAGAUGGAAAUCCCAUCCCUGGUAGAAGAGGUAGGUUUAGAGAAAGAAGAGAUCCCCCAGAAGACGUCAAGAUGAGACAAAAGAUCCUCAGAGUCGGAGAAGACAGCACUGAAAUUAUCUACACAGCUGGAGAGAUCAAUCUUGGAGUAGAGAGAUAUGGAGAGAUGAUAAUCGAACUUUUGCCUAAAGCCUUUGGUAGGCUUGCCCAUAAAAGUAUUUUAUAUGCGGCUCUAUGUACUAAGAUCAAUUCACUCUUAGUGACAACUGCUCUUGAAGAAGUCAUUGUGAUCGAACUCCCCAGAGCUUUUGAAGAAUCAGAUAGGAUGGCUCUGACUGCCUGCUUGAGAUUCUUGGGUUUUUGCUCUAUAAAUGGGGUUUUAGAGGAGACCAUUUACUAUUCAAUUCUCAAGAAGUUGUCUGAAAUGAAAAGCAACCUUGUAGCUUUUGCCUUCUUAUUCUCUGUUCCACUUUUUCAGUCUCUAUCCAAGAAGAAGAACAUGCUUGUAGAGGGGUACAUGGACAAGAUUGGCGAAUAUAUUGAGUCUCAGAAGAAACCAGUGCCAGCAUAUCUUAAACCGUUCAGAAAUUUUGAUAAGGAAAAAGAUACACUGAUUCCUUGCACUUUAAAAGAAGAAAAGAAAGAAGAGACAAAAGAUGAGACAAAAGAUGAGACGAAAGAUGAGUCCAAAGACAAGGACAAAGAAGAGGCACCUACAGCUGAAGCUCCAACUGAAGAGUCGAAAGAGGAGAUUAAAGAAGAGAAGCCAGCCGAAGAAACUAAGAAAAUUUCCCUCUUCAAGACCCCUGAUGGAGUCACCCAAGGUGAAAGAGAGCCAUUUGAAGAGCUCAAGGAAGAUGAAUAUGAAGACUUCCCUGACGACAAUGAAGAUGCUAUGUUUGAGCUUGAAGAGAUAUGGAAGUGCUACAAAUCUAAAGAAGUACAUGAGCUCAAAAAGAUGAAGUACAUUCUUCACUCUGAACUUCUUGAUGAUUUCACUGUAAAAGAGCCACUCUUGAAAGGUGUAAAUAUUGAUGAACUCAAGCUAGAUACACAAAAAGAUCAAGAGAACAUGUACAGGUCACGAGUGUUAAAAAGAUAUGUGAUUGAUAGAUACGAAGGAGACGAACUCGACUACUUCCUGACUUAUGACACUAUUGCCAACAUCCUCACUAGAUACGACAAGGUUUGCUACAAUGCCUUGAAGCAGAUAGAACACUUGGAAGAAAAUGGAGAGCUCUUUGAAAGAACUAUCUAUGAUGUUUUGCUUAGUGAAAUGUUCCAACUUCCAAAAUCCAGGUGAGACUUCCUCUAUUAUUCAUCAUUUUCUUGUAAGAUGUGGAGGAGAUGUCCGGUUGAAGCCGUGAAUCUAAUGAUCAAGAAAAUGCCAAGAAUGGACCCAGAAGUUAGAGAGAGGUUCAUCCAGUUUUAUGCGAGACUUGUCAACCAUAAAGGCUUCAAUAUUGGCAAUACUGUGCUCAAGAAAAUCACUGAUAAGGAGAGUCUGCACUACAAAUAUGUUGAAGAGAUUAUUCAAGAACUGACAUCUACCUAGCUACCCC